AUGUCGUCUCGCGAUCGAGCGAGCGCGCACGCCCCCGCGGACUCCGUGUCCAGUCUCCACAGGCUUUCGGGCGAUGCCACGUCGACGGCGAGACCGUUUGAGAUUUCAGAUUUCGUCACCGUGGACGUCAUCGGCGAGGGUAGUUACUCUGACGUUCGCGAGGUGUUUCUGUCGUCGCGACCGAGCGAGCGGUACGCGCUCAAGGUGAUGGAUAAGGCGCACAUCGUCCGAGAGUCCAAGUCUCGAUACGUCGCGACGGAGCGAACGCUGUUGGCGGGACGCCUGCGCGAGUGCGAACACGUCGCGCGGUUAAUGUUUACGUUUCAGGACACGUACUCGCUGUACAUGGGGUUUGAGUUGUGUCCGGGAGGUGAUUUAUUUUGGCAGUUGAAGCGAUCGGAGGAAGGGGUGAUGGAGGAGACGAAGGUGGUGUUUUACGUGUCGGAAGUUUUGGUCGCGGUGCAGGACUGUCACGCUCGAGGCGUUGUGCACAGGGACGUCAAGCCAGAGAACGUGUUAAUCGACGCGAGCGGGCACGUAAAAAUAUGUGAUUUUGGAAGCGCGCUGGAUUUACGUCACGAAGUAACGAGUGCGCUCACGGCUCUCGCGAGCGAGUUGCACAAGAAGAAUAGCAAGCAAAAGGAGAAACGGUGCGCCUCUUUUGUCGGCACAGCCGAGUACGUGGCGCCAGAGAUCCUGGACGGGUGCGAGGAGACGACGACGGCGGUAGACUUGUGGUCGAUAGGAAUAAUGACGUUCCAGCUCUUGACUGGACGCGUGCCGUUCAAAGGAAAGACCGAGUAUCUCACCAUGCAAGAGGUGUUAAAGGGAGCGUACAAGUACCCGUCAUCCGCAAACAUCUCUGAGUCGGCAAAGGAUUUCAUCGACAGCCUCUUGACUCGCGAUCCGAAGAAGCGUCUGGGAUACGAGAAUGAGACUUCGAUUCGUAACCACCCGUUCUUCGCGGCCGUGGACGACUGGUCGGAGCUGAGAUCGCGCGAGGCGCCGCGUGUACUCACCGCCACGGGCGUCGGUUCUGACGCCACCGUCACCGAUAGCGAGUGUGACCAUGAUGAUGGUACCGACACCGACGACGAAUGGCGCGCGCGCGUUAACGCCGCCGCCGCUGCUUUAGACGCGUUGUAG